AUUGACAAGUGUACACCAAAUCAAUGCCAAAACAGUGGAACUUGUGUAGAUGGCAUCAAUGAUUACACCUGUACUUGUCUUCCCGGGUAUAACGGAGACAAUUGUGAAAAUAAUAUUGACGAGUGCACACCGGAUCAAUGUCAAAAUGGCGCUACAUGUGUUGACGGUAUUAAUGCAUACACAUGUACUUGUGUUGCCGGAUAUGAAGGGAACAACUGUCAAACCAAUAUCAAUGAGUGUAUUGGAAAUGUCUGUCAAAAUGGAGCCACUUGUGUCGACGGUAUUAAUCAGUACACAUGUACAUGUGUGGCGGGGUAUGACGCAAAUUUCUGUCAAAACAGAAACUGCAUUCCCUAUUACAGAUAUAGACGAAUGUGCUGCUGAUCCGUGUACAAAUGGAGGAACAUGUGUGGACAAGAUAAAUGAUUACACGUGUAAUUGUGUCGCAGGUUACACAGACAAAACAUGUGCUACCAAUAUUGAUGAUUGUGCUACAUCACCUUGUCAGAAUGUUGGUACAUGCCAAGAUGCUGUCAAUGACUAUACCUGUGUUUGUGCGGCAGGUUAUACUGACAAAAACUGCCAAACCAAUAUCAACGAGUGUGAAACACAUGCAUGUAACAAUGGAGCUACAUGUGUUGACCGAGUUAAUGCUUAUGAAUGUGUAUGUACCGCAGGCUGGGAAGGCACCUUCUGUACUUCAAAUAUAGACGAAUGUGAAACUAACCAGUGUCAAAAUGGAGCUAUUUGUGUUGAUGGUCUAGACAGCUAUACAUGCGACUGUGUCGAAGGUUAUAAUGGAAUAUUUUGUCAGAACAACAUAAAUGAAUGUGUUGAUCAUGCGUGUGAUAAUGGCGCUACAUGUGUUGACGGGAUCAAUCAAUAUACAUGCACGUGUGUUGCCGGGUAUACGGGGGAAUUCUGUGCAACAAAUAUUGACGAAUGUGAUGACCAUGCUUGUUUGAAUGGCGCCACGUGUGUAGACCGUGUCAAUAAAUACACAUGUACGUGUGUUGCCGGAUAUACCGACACUUUUUGUCAAACAAAUAUCGAUGAAUGUGCGUCUCAUAGUUGUCAAAAUAGUGCUACAUGUGUAGAUGAGAUAAAUGAUUACACUUGUGUAUGUGCUGCUGGUUACACCGACAAAUAUUGUCAGACAGACAUAAAUGAGUGCGCGUCGUCUCCUUGUCAGAAUGGGGGCACCUGCACUGAUCAAGUUAACGGAUAUGUUUGCGCAUGUAACAACGGGUUCACAGGCUUAACUUGUAGACCAGGUGAACUAGGUGACGAUUGUUCGUCAAAAACUGUCGUUUGUGGCAAUAUUGCUAAUGCCGAAUGUGACGGCAGUAUAUGCUUUUGCGAAUCGGGAUAUGAAGACCCCACCGGGGCAACAGGAUCAUGUAGUCGUGUUGAUUGUGGAACGCUUACUCCGCCUACAGACGGUGCUGUCGAUCACACAAGUGAAGGAACAGAUUACGAAAGUAAAGCAUACUUUUCUUGCAAUGCCGGGUACACAUUAACUGGAUUGUCGUCAGUUACGUGUCAGGCAGACAAAUCAUGGAAUGGGGCAACGCCUACAUGUGUCAUCAAAGAUUGUGGUAGCGUGGCAGCUAUUCUAAAUGGCGCAUUACAAUAUACUCCAUAUAAACUGUACCAAGGUCUUGCGGAGUUUUCUUGUAACACCGGUUACACCUUGGUAGGAGAUGCUACAAGAACGUGCCAAGAUACCGGUGUAUGGAGCGGUGCUAACCCUGUCUGUCAGAUAAACGAUUGUGGAACAAUUGUUGCUCCAGCGAAUGGUAAUGUCGAUCUAACAGAUGGUACGACCUAUGAGAGUGUGGCUGUUUUUCAAUGUAACAAUGGAUACGACAUGGCCGGAGCUGCAAGUCUGGAAUGCUUGGAGGACGGUUCUUGGGAUAAUGCGAAGCCAACAUGCAACAUAAAAGAUUGUGGCUUUCUCACAAAUCCAGCUAAUGGUGCAGUUGACAAUAGUGAAGGUACGACAUACCUGUCAAAUGCUUUAUUCACAUGCAACAUUGGCUAUACGUUGGUUGGAUCCAGUACUAGAAGAUGUCAGGCGUCCGGGACUUGGAGUGGCACGGACCCAGUAUGUCAAAUAAAUGAUUGUGGGGUGUUAACUAAUCCUGCUAAUGGCAAUGUUUAUAUUUCUUCUGGUACAUCAUACGGCAACACGGCAUCUUACUCCUGUGACGCAGGGUUUGAACUUAAUGGUGUACUUCAGAGAACUUGUCAAGCUGAGAGCUCGUGGAGUUCAUCUGCUCCAACCUGUGACAGGCUAGAUUGUGGAAACUUGAAAUCACCGACAUCUGGCAGUGUGGAUUUAUCAGGUGGUACCCAGUUUGAAGCAACUGCUGUGUUUACAUGCAACCCUGGCUACACAUUGACGGGAGACUCAGAACGAUAUUGUACCAACACGGGAGACUGGGAUAAUUCAAGUCCUACAUGCAUUAUUAAAGACUGUGGACAACUAACAGAUCCUGAAAAUGGUCAGGUAUUGACAGUACAUGGAACAACAUAUAAUGAAGAAGCGGAAUAUUCGUGCAAUUCUGGUUACCAAGUCAAUGGUGUGUUCAAGAGAACAUGUGAAGAUGAUGGCCGAUGGAGUGCAUCUGACCCGACGUGUGAAAUUCUUGAUUGUGGAUUUGUAGCUGAUAUUGUGAAUGGAGGUAUUUCCUACUCAACGGGCACAAUCUAUGGUUCAACUGUUUAUUACGUAUGUGACAACGGAUAUGAAGUUACCGGCGUUGCCUCAAGAGUGUGCCUGUCAACUGGUUCGUGGAGCGACAACCAACCCGUGUGCACAAUUCUGGAUUGUGAUGCCGCCAUAUCAGUUCCACAUGCUGUUUCCAAGACACCGUCUGGUAGUCAGGUUGGUGACGUCGCCAUCUACGAAUGUAAUUCCGGCUAUGGCCUGGUUGGAAACCCGAAUGUUACUUGUGAAGCAUCUGGUUUUUGGGGAACCGUUCCAGAAUGUAGACUAGAUUGUGGAAUUCCACCAGUUGUUGAGAACGGUCAGGUAACGUACACAGCUGGUACCCUGGUCUCGGCAACAGCCACGUACACCUGCAAUGACGGCUACUAUAUCAGUGGAAUCAGCAGGAUAGAAUGUCAGGAUACAGGCUCUUGGACCAAUGAACCAUUUUGCUUUAUAA